ACACGUGUAGCUUGCCCGGUGUACAAGUGUUUCUAUAAUAUUUUCCAUUUAUCCUAGAAAUAAAAAAAUAAAUCAUGUCUCUGAUGAGAAUAAGAAAACCGAAAACCCGUAAGGGAAAGCAGAUUUUGCUUGCCCGCGAGCCGCAGCUUAUAGAAUCCACACGAACUAUGCUCUUUCUUGAUGGGCGUAAAUGUGGGGGAGACGUUAAGUCCUGUAUGAGAGACUUACAACAGCUUCGCAAGCCGCUAGUUAAAGUGUUAAAUCGUAACAACGAUAUUACACCUUUUGAUGAUCCGUCAUCACUGGAAUUCUUGACAAUGAAAAAUGACUGCGCGUUGUUUGCGUUCGGAUCAACGUCAAAAAAACGCCCGAACAAUUUAAUACUUGGUCGUAUUUUUGAAAAUGAAAUAUUGGAUAUGAUUGAAUUGGGUAUAAAACAGUAUACGUCCAUGUCUGAGUUUAAAACUGAAAAAAUUGGAACAAACGUGAAGCCGUGCCUUAUUUUCAACGGUCCACGUUGGAAUCAAACUGAAGAGCUACGUCGCCUUCGUAACUUGCUUAUUGAUACAUUCCAUAAAGAUAAAGUGGACGCUAUUCGACUUCAAGGAAUCGAACAUGUUAUUAGUUUUACAUGUACGGAAGAUUUGAGUAUACUUAUGAGAUCCUACAAAAUAAUGUUGAAAAAGUCAGGCCAAAAAACUCCUCGCAUUGAGCUUGUAGAAAUUGGUCCAUCUGCAGAUCUUUCAAUUCGGCGGACGAAAAUCGCAUCCGAGGAUUUAUAUAAACAGGCAAGAAAACAACCAAAACAAUUGCAACCGAAAAAGAAGAAGAAUCUUACAUACGAUGAACUUGGAAAUACUCACGGUCGUGUACAUUUGGGUAAACAAAAUGUUACAAAGAUACAAACGCGUCGGGUAAAGGGUUUGAAAAAAACUCCCGAAGAAAAGCGUGAGAGUAGACAGAAGAAAAAAGAUCUUAUAAAAGCAGCAGCACGAGAGCUAUUAAAAAAUACAGAAUAGUGCACAAUUUAAAUAUAUACUAGAAUUUAUUUUUAAUAAAAUAGUUUUAAUAUUA